AGUACUGUAGCUGCUAAAUAUCUAGCAGGAGCUUUAAAUAGUGAGCUGGAAGAUUUAAUAAACACGAGUAAAAUCAUGUCUACUAACAAGUACUGAUGCCUCAGUAACACAGCAGGUCUCUCUCUUCAUGCUCUGUCAGACUGCACUAUGGUGCGUCACAGUAAGCUUCAGAAACAGGUGUUAUCUUUAUACCGCCAGUUCCUACGUGCUGGACGGGAAAAACCUGGAUUUUUACCCAGAAUACAAGAGGAAUUUCGCACAAACUCUGCUAUCCAGAGGACAGAUGUGAUGCAUAUCGAAUAUUUGUGUCGACGAGCCCAACGGCAGCUGGAGCAACUUCGAGAUGUAAACACAAAACAGCUGGGAUUCUUCAGUAAGACCAAGAAAGACAGCUGAUGAAAAAAAAAAAAGAAACUCUUUCUGUAUACAGUAUACAGAAGCUGAGGGACUAGGUGGUGAAUAACACUGUACAAUAACACCGAUCAAUCUUACAAAUGAAAGCAGUGUUAAGCAAUUGUGUUAAUAUUUUUAACAGGUUUAAUUACAUUGAGUUGUCAGUUUAUCAGGUCCAAUCACUAUAAAGAUCAUACACUAACUUUCUGCCGCUCAUUGGUUAUUAUGCAGGAAAGUAUUGACCUGUCUAUUGACCUGACAUUAACCUGUCUGUGAAAGGAAAGGGCAUGCCACUGAGGAGGUUAUUUGGAUGGUGGUUUAUUAUUAAUUCAGCCAUAAACUGAUGUAGUGUGUAUAGUACCAGUCAAAUGUUUUUACACACCUUCUAAUUAAAUUGUUUUUUAAUUUUUAAUUUAGAAUGUAUUCCCACAUUCUGGAACAAUUCUGGAUAUUUCAAAACUAUAAACAAACAGAUCUGCAAUUUUUUUGGUAAUUGGUUUAGAAACAAUCCCAAUCAAUCCUUGUGCUAAGACAUAAAGCCCUUCUGGAACAGCAAAAACAGAGCAUAAGCAGCAGACACAUCACAACUGUUUAGUAGAGAUUCUUGCAUAUUUUGUAUUCAGCAUUGUUUUACAAUGUAAAAAGAAAUAAAAAUCAGGAGUGACCAUGGAAGGCGUGUCCAAACUUUUGACUGUGCAUGUGGUGCUGGUACAAGUGUACUGUCAGUCAUUUUAAGACUAUGAAUUGCCUUAUAAGCAGCUGUAACUGAUAAAUUAGCAGCUUGGUGUAUGACAUAACACUCAAACUCAUACAGACCUUUGUUACUGUGGAAGUAUUUUUUUUUUUAUUAUGUAGUAAA